AGGUAUUUAGAAUGUAGGUUUUUAAAAAUAAUAGUGAUGCCUUUUUAUAACCUCAUUUGAGAGGUUUUUGGAGUGCUUUCACUCCUUUAUUUUAUUAUAUUCUCUGAAGUUGAUAGAACAGGUAAUCCUUGUUUGACAGAUAAUGACCUGAAGCAAAGAAGUGAUUUGAUUCAAGUCGUAUAGUUAUGCUGUGGCAGAGAAUGAAAGUAAACACAUUGUCUCCUAGGUUUUGCCUAAUAUUCAUUUCCUAAAUUUUUAAUUACUGUCUAUGGUUUUGUUUUCAAUAAAUAAAUCAUUACCUCUACUUUAAAAGGAUGAGAGGGCACAAAGGCAGACCUUAAAGAGACAAGCAGAGACAUCAGUGCAUCUUGUCUGCUGUAAUUUCCUGUAUUGAGGUGAUGUGAUAGGGACUGAUGCAAAUCGGGAAGCACAUAUCCCUUCAGAAGGAGGUCGCUGCUUCUCAGUCUUUGUUUUCUUUUUGCAGUACAACUCCAUUGUUGCUUAAUUUCUGUUUUACAAAAAGAAGCCAGAAACUGUUGUUAAUGUAUGAAUACCUGAUUAUUUAAAUGACUCAAGAUUAAAAAAAAAAAAUCUGCACAGUCCAUAUUUGGCCAAUGGGCUACUAAUAUGCAACUUUUAAUUUAGUUAUUACUAUAGUGUGCACUAUUGUUGGGAAUUUAUUCCAUAGUUCCUUACUACAGGUAACCAACUCGGUUACAAGCCAAGCUGUUUCUAAUUUACAGCAGAUACAUUUUUACAUUGUCUUAAUGGUGUUUUGUUGUUGUUUCUUUCUUUAUGGUAAUCCUAAGCCAAAAGAAAUACCUAAUGGUUCUGUAUGUUAAUAGGAACUUUGUUCAAAUAAAUAAGUGAUAGUUAUUUCUUUAAAUUUUUAUGUGUUCUUUUUAGUUAAUAAAUGACAGUAGUCUAUUUUGAACUAUUUAUACAAGCAUGGAGUACAUCUUAUUCUAAUUAGGAUAAUAAAGUGAUUAUAUUUAAUAAGUUGGUGGCCAUCAAGAGAUUGAUACACAUUCAUUUAAAGAAAUAAUUAUUCUUAUGUAACCAUAAUUGAUUGCUAUUGAGAUGUGUAUACUUCACUGCUUCUCAAAUAUUGGGAUCUGUGUGGACACCACCAUGCUCAUUUCCUGGUCUACACUGACUUUUUGCAUAGUACUUGCAUUUAUCACAGCAACAACCUGAAAACCCAGCUUCAUAAAAAUAGGUCCUCAAAAAGACAUACAAUGCAAACAAAUGUUGAAACUACGAACUACCUCAGGCUGGUAAUGUACUUACUGUCUUGCUAAUAUCAAGUGUGAUUGAUGAAUUUCCCUCAAAAUUUAAAGUAUUCUACUGUGACCCUGGGAAUUUGCUAGGGUUCUUCAUUACCAUUUCAGAACCAUUAUUUAAAUAUUUAUAUCUGACAUCACAUGAAGAAAGAGAAGUAGGCUGGAAAUCAGAACACUUGCACUUUAAUCCAAACUCUAAUAGCAGUCAACCAUGGUAGUUCAUUGUGAAAGUGAGAGAAUUUUGUUUUACCUACCUUUCUUAGGCUUUUUAUAGGGAUCUGAUAUGAAAAUGUGUAUGGUGACUUACUUGGUGCCUGAAAUUCUGUUAUUGUAAGAUGGUGUUCAUACUGGAAACUAUAUGAUAGAAUGAGAAAAUGUUAUUUAUGUCAUUUUUUUUAUUUGCUAAGAGUUGCUUUGUGGCCUAAAAUAUGGUCUAUUUUGCAGAAGGUACCAUGAGCUGCUCAGAAGAAAGUGUUUUCAGCAAUCUUUGGAUGAAAUAUAUAUAAAAUAUGUCUUAUUUUUAAAUUUCUUUUUGUAGUUGUAGGUAGAUAGCAUACCUUUAUUUUAUUUAUUUUUAUGCGGUGCUAAGGAUUGAACCCCAGUGCCUUACACAUGCUAGACAAGUACUCUGCCACUGAGCUACAGCUGCAGGCCCUAUAUAUGUAUUUUUUAAAAUAUUUUUUUUAGUUGUAAAUUUACACAAUACCCUUAUUUAUUUUUAUGUGGUGCUAAGGAUCGAACCGAGUGCCUCACAGUGCAAGGUAGGCACUCUACCACUGAGCUACCACUGAGCCCCAGCCCCCCCUUUAUAUGUCUUUUAAGGAGAUGAUAAUACUUAUUAUAUAUAUUUGACAGAGAGAGAAAGUAUACUAUACCGUAUAUAGUUAGGAAAACUGGGCUGAAAAUAAAUUUCUAAAUCACUGUUCAGUCAUGACCACCAAUGGCUCUCACCUUCCUAGAAAAGAUAAUUUCUGAAUUUCCUCACAGUCUUAAAAGGUAGAUGUAUAACUGUCCUUCACAAACUAUAUUUAAAAUUUUUAGGACUGGGAUGUAGCUCAAAUGUAGAGUGCUUAUCUAACAUGCAUAAGGCCAUAUUUUGAUCUCAACUCAGAAUUUUUUUUUUUCUUAAGAAAAAUUUUAGUCUAUCUCUGCCUGUUUUAUCCAGUAAAAGUUACAGUAAUCACAUUGAACUGGGGUGUAAGUCACCUACCUGGUCCAUAUUAAACCAACUUUAGAAGUUAAGAUUAAAUAAAAGAUUUGUAGACCAAUAGUUGUUGGUUGUUUUGUUGUUGUUGUUGUCGUCUUGCCAUAAAUCAGCUAUUGGGAAAUAGUAAUGUAGUAGAAAACAGGCGGUGGAUUGAUGGGUUUGUCUCUGGAGGGGAGAAAAUCUCCUAGAUAGGCCCACAGAUCAAAAAGAUCUGAUCUGGUGAAGCAAAAUGGGAAUACUGAUGACCUUGCUUCACAGCCAGCCAGCUAAUGUACUGAGUUCUCAUAGGAGCAAGGUAAAGCUUUGAGUUGAAUUGAAUGUGGACUAUAUAAAAGUGACUAUAAAAAAUACUUACUUCUAUUAAGUGUCAUCUUUGCAAUGGGACAUACAUAUCACAACAACUCUGAGGGAACUAUAGUCCUUUUCUACCAGUAAUAAAAAUAAAGUUGAGAAACCUUUAGAUGUUUUUCCCAAAGCCAUAUAGCUACGAAGCUAGGCUUUUAGGACUGUUUCUAAAACCUGCUUGCUUCCUGCUGUACCAGAACUAGAACUUAAGGUUAAAAGAGUUUUAUAGUACUGUAGUUCCUGGACCAAGAUCAUCAACCUGGGAACUAUCUAAAAAUACAUUCCCAGUUUCAUCCUCAACAUUCUGAUUUAGGCUGUGUGUGGUGGCGUAUGCCUGUAAUCCUAGCAAUUUAGGAAAUUGAGACAGGAUGAUCCCCGGGUCUAGGCCCGCCUCAGUAAUUUAGCAGCACCCUAAGCAACUAGACCUGUCUCAGAAUUUAAAAAGCAAGGGGCAAUAAGAUUUUGAAUAUAAGUUGAAUAAAACAUACUUUUAAAUUAAUGUCUAUUUUUACUUAUUUGAUGUGACUAUUGAACCUUUAAGAUUACACAUGUGGAUUGCAUCAUAUUUUUCUUGAGCCAGCAUUGUUUUACACUCUUCAGAUAAGGCUAAACAUGUAUUUUCUGUGUUAUGCCCAACCAUGUUCUGAGGUCUUUUCAGAUAACCUCAUUUGAUUCUUGCUGGGUCCUCUUUUUACAUGUAAUGAAAGUCUUAAAGAAGUUAAGAAAUUUGCCCAAGGGUACACAGCCAGCAGGAAUGGAGAUGGGGCUGGCACGGAUAGCAGUCAUGACUAUGAAGCCCACACCUGACUCACAGGUUAUGCUGCACAGAAACAGUUUGGCUGUCCUUGCUGUUGCUCCUGUUUUCUUCACAUAGGGUCACACACUUAGAGGAAGGAAUGAAGAGAAUCAGUGUUUCAUCCUAGAGGACAAGAAGUGUUUUUACAGUAUACCUUAGGAUUACCAGUCAUUUAAACUGCUAGUUUGUAAGGUUUUAAAACAAUGUAUUAAGACUGUCAAUUGAAAUUAAAUGCUAAUUCUGUGGAACUAUAGCCUUUGGAGUGGAAAUCUUUUCCCCUUUAAUUCAACUUUUGUAAGUACCUGCAGAGUGCCUGGCACAGUGGUAGGAGAAGGGGAUUCAGAGACGAGUCUGACACAUUUCCUUCCUUCAAGGAGCUCAUAACCAGUAAAAAAGAAGAAAAUUAAGCGAGAAAUAAAGAUUUUGGAGAAUUUGAGAGGCGGUCCCAACAUCAUCACACUGGCAGACAUUGUAAAAGACCCUGUGUCUCGAACCCCUGCCUUGGUUUUUGAACACGUAAACAACACAGACUUCAAGCAAUUGUACCAGACGUUAACAGACUAUGAUAUUCGAUUUUACAUGUAUGAGAUUCUGAAGGCCCUAGAUUAUUGUCACAGCAUGGGAAUUAUGCAUAGAGAUGUGAAGCCCCAUAAUGUCAUGAUUGAUCAUGAGCACAGAAAGCUACGGCUAAUAGACUGGGGUUUAGCUGAGUUUUACCAUCCUGGCCAAGAAUAUAAUGUCAGAGUUGCUUCCCGAUACUUCAAAGGUCCCGAGCUACUUGUAGACUAUCAGAUGUACGAUUAUAGUUUGGAUAUGUGGAGCUUGGGUUGUAUGCUGGCAAGUAUGAUCUUCCGGAAGGAGCCAUUUUUCCAUGGACAUGAUAAUUAUGAUCAGUUGGUGAGGAUAGCCAAGGUUCUGGGGACAGAAGAUUUAUAUGACUAUAUUGACAAAUACAACAUUGAAUUAGAUCCACGUUUCAAUGAUAUCUUGGGCAGACACUCUCGUAAGCGAUGGGAACGCUUUGUACAUAGUGAAAACCAGCACCUUGUCAGCCCUGAGGCCUUGGAUUUUUUGGACAAGCUGCUGCGGUAUGACCACCAGUCACGGCUCACUGCAAGAGAGGCCAUGGAACAUCCCUAUUUCUACACUGUCGUAAAGGACCAGGCUCGAAUGGGUUCAUCUAACAUGCCAGGGGGCAGUACACCUGUCAGCAGCGCCAAUAUGAUGUCAGGGAUUUCUUCAGUGCCAACCCCAUCGCCCCUUGGACCUCUGGCAGGCUCACCAGUGAUUGCUGCUGCCAACCCCCUGGGGAUGCCUGUUCCAGCUGCCGCUGGUGCUCAGCAGUAAUGGCCCCAUCUGUCUCCUGAUGCCUGAGCAGAGGUGGGGAAGUCCACCUUCUCCUUGAUGCAGCUUGCGCCUGGCGGGGAGGGGUGAACACUUCAGAAGCACCGUGUCAGAACCGUUGCUUGUGGAUUUAUAGUAGUUCAGUCAUAAAAAAAAAUUAUAAUAGGCUGAUUUUCUUUUUCUUUUUUCUUUUACUUUUUUUUCUUUUUUGUUUUUAACUCGAACUUUUCAUAACUCAGGGGAUUCCCUGAAAAAUUACCUGCAGGUGGAAUAUUUCACGGACAGAUUUUUUUUCUCCCCUUCCAAAUUCAGUUCCUCAUGACUAAAGAACAAAGAUAAACCAGCCUCAAUCCCAGCUGCUGCAUUUGGGCGGAGAUUUCUUCCCAUUCCCACUGUUGCUUCCCCCAUCUUCCUACACUUUGGGGGGUUGUAUCUCACGCUCUUCUCCAGAGAUUACAAAAACGUAACUUCUCAGGAGGCAGGAAGGAAGAGAGGCAGGUCGGACCCAAUCUAAGAGCAGUGUACUGCUGGUCACUUACAUGACUUUACUCCAGAAGUGCUUCAGUGGGGUUAUCCUGGCGACUCUAGUGGAAGCGUGUCUUACUUAUGUUGAGAUGUUGAAAAUCUACACAAAGUGCAGACAGAUCCUAAAAACUUCUGUUUAGUAUGAAUCAUGUCUUACUGACCUAACCCUAAAUCCAGCUCACUUAUAAUUUUAGUUUUAGUUUAGUUUAAAAUUGUGAUACCUUCCCUCCCAGGCUCCUUCCUACCUUGAUCUUUUCCCCUUUCACCUCCCAACAUGCUGUGCUCAAUAGCUGGUAGGAGGGAGAAGGCAAAAAUCUUUUCAUUUUCUUUGACUUGGCCAUGUUGAAGUCACUUGGUAACUGGGCAUAGCUUACUGCUUUUCUCAAAAGAACAUUUUCUAUGUAGGUUUCAUGAUAGCAGCUCUGAGAACUAAUGGGCAGUGAGGCCACGCUGAGUUUCAUUUUAAGCUUUCUACCUUCUUUUCCUCCUACCCUCCCUUCCUUUACAUGCCAUCCAAUGAGAAGACCUGUUCCUCGGUCUUAUAAAUGUAUCUAAAAGGCAGGAGCAGAGCCACUAUCUCCAGUGAAACAGAAAUGGUAGACCUGUAAUCGUGGGCCACUAUCAACUGUUGUUACAGCCCUGCCACCCCUUGCUGUGUGUAUAUAUAUAAUACUUUGUCCUUCAUAUGUGAAAGAUCCAGUGUUGGAAUUCUUUGGUGUAAAUAAACGUUUGGUUUUAUUUAUCAA